AUGCUUUGGUCUAUGUUAUUCGAAAAGCCUUAUAUAUUUAUCUUUCUACUUGCUAUUACUUUUUUAACAAUUUUAUUAUGUACAAUUAUUUGGUUCUGUCUUUAUAUAAAUCGUAAACAUAAAAAACAAUCAAAUGUUGCUCUGGCUAAAAAACGUUUACUUUAUUCAUCAUCACCAUCAAUAACACCACAAAUAUCAAAAAAAACAACAGGUCGUUUUGUUUUUCCAUCAUCAAAAUCAGAAAAUCCAGAACAAUCACCAAAAAUCAUUCGUGAAACAUUACCAAAAUGUUUUAUUAAUGAUAUUCCAUCAAAUUAUAAAACAUUUGAUUUAGCUAAACGAUAUCAAAGACAUUUAUCAUCUGAUUCAUCAUAUACAAGUUCAACUAAUCGUCGUUCAAAUCCUCCACCAACAUUUUCAUUUGAUACAGUUAAAUCAAAAAUUCAAGAAGUUUAUCAUCAUUCAAUAUCAUCACCUGGUUUAUCUCGUCCACUUCAUACAAUUACUUCUGAACAAACUUCAAGUGAAUUUCUAUCGGAUUCUGAUGAACAAGAUAAUGAAUCUAUAAUAACAACAGUAACACCUUCAUUUGAAUAUUCACUUUUAGAAUUAUUUCGUAUUGAUAUUAUUUAUAAAUUACAUUAUUCAAUUGAUGAUAGUCAACUUUUAUUUCAAUUAAUACGUUUAAUUUCUACACAACCAUUAAUUGAACGUUGUUUUCCAUCAUUAAUUUGUAAAAUUCGUUUAUAUACAAAUAAGGAUAAACGUAAAAAUAAAAAAUAUUUUUCAAAAAAAGAUCCAAUUAAUGAAAUAUUUAAAUUUGAUUUGGAUCAAUUUACAUUAGAACAAAGUUAUUUAAAAAUAAAUGUAUUAGGACAACAUAAAAAUGAUAAACGUUUAGAAUUAGGUCAUAUUAUUCUUGUACUUAAUCAAUAUGAUAAUUUAAUGAUACGAGCUGGACAUCAUCAUGAUGGUGGACUAGCAGCAAGUGAACAACAUACAAAAUCUAUUCCAAUAAGUGAAGAUCGAAUCGAUAUGAUAACUCAACAACAAGUAACAUCUGAAAAUGAGGCUCGUGCAUUAAUAUCUUUGGUUUAUGAAAAUGAUCGAUGUUUACUUCACGUUGGUGUAAUAAAAAUAAUUGGUAUUCAAUGUUUACUUAAACAACCAAUUGGUCAUUCUUAUCAUCGUGAUUUAAUUCAAAUAAAACUUUGUACAAUUGUUGAUGGAAAAAUAACAACAAAAAGAAAAUCCAAAGCAAUUUUAAUGGAGAAAAAUCUUUUUACAUUUAGUACAUCAUUUCAUUUUGAAUAUCUUUCAGUUCAUAAAACAUCUGUACGUAUAACAAUAUGUUAUCGUAAAACAUUAAUGGCAUCUCAAAAUAAACCAAUAUCAUCAAUUGAAUUUGGUUCAACACAAAUAAAAAAUCAACAAGUUUUUCAACAUUGGACAGAUACAUUAUCGGAACCUAAUCGACCACAUAUUCAAUGGCAUACACUUCAACCUAUUGAUACAAAAUAA